AUUUAUACGGACAGCAGUUAGGAAGUUUUGAAAAAAGUUCACAUUUAUGCAAUGCACCUGUUGGAAGCUUGUAAAUUUAUAUUGAGAGUUAAGGGAGAGUUGGAACUCUAACUCCUGUGUUUGUUAAAUUAAAUUUUACUGAAGCUGGCUAUUUUUUCCCCCAAGACAGGAUUUAAACUUUGCACUCGAAGGCUUGGUACCUGAGAACAACCAUGGAGUGGAAGAUGCUUCCUGUGUGCUUGUUGCUGCUCUCUGUUUUCUCGGUUCAGCAAGUGUCUUCUCAAGAUGUGUCAAGCUGUGCAGGGAGAUGUGGGGAAGGGUAUUCUAGAGAUACCCCCUGCAGCUGUGACUAUAACUGUCAACACUACAUGGAGUGCUGCCCCGAUUUCAAGAGAGUCUGCACCGUGGAGCUUUCCUGUAAAGGCCGCUGCUUCGAGUCCUUUUCCCGAGGGCGGGAGUGUGACUGCGACUCAGACUGUAAGAAGUACGGCAAGUGCUGUCCGGACUACGCCGCUUUCUGCGAGGAAGUGCAUAACCCCACGACACCGCCGUCUCCAAAGACUGCGCCCCCACCUCCGCCUGCAGGAGCACCUCCGCCCGUCAAAUCAACCACCAAACGUUCGCCCAAAUCCACAGACAAGAAGAAGACUAAGAAAGUUAUAGAAUCAGAGGAAAUAACAGAAGAACAUUCUGUUUCUGAAAAUCAAGAGUCUUCCUCCUCCUCUUCCUCUUCCUCUUCAAGUAUUCGGAAAUUCAAGUCUUCCAAAAACUCAGCUGCUAAUAGAGAAUUAAAGAAGAAACCCAAAGUAAAAGAUGACAAGAAACCACCUCCUAAAAAGAAACCUGCUCCAGAACCACCAGUUGGAGACGAAGCUGGAAGCGGACUGGACAACGGUGAUUUCAAGCCCACCUCAACUCCGGACCUGCCUGCCACUCAGCGCAGUCAAGUCACCACAACCUCCAAGGUGACAACAGUGACAACGACAAAUUCUAAACCCAGCCCGUCGCCUGACUCUGAAACAUCCAAACAGACAUCUUCGACAGCCAAUACGGAGACAACAGUUGAAACUAAAGAGACUUCUGUAACAACUAAAGAGACUUCGACGAGUGCAAAAGAGAAAACGACUUCAGGCACAGAAACACGAAGUUCAGAAACAACAUCUACUAAAGAUUCGGUAGCCACGACAGUUUCUGCUAAAUCUACAACCGAAGUUGAAACGACAGCCAAAUCUGUUAAUCCCACCACCACUCAAAAGCCUUCUCCCACCACCACCCCCAAAAAGCCUGAGCCCACCACCCCCAAGGAGUCUGCACCCACCACCCCCAAGGCACCUGAACCUACUACCCCCAAGAAGCCUGCACCCACCACCCCCAAGGAGCCUGCACCCACCACCCCCAAAACACCUGAACCUACUACCCCCAAGAAGCCUGCACCCACGACCCCCAAGGAGCCUGCACCCACCACCCCCAAAACACCUGAACCUACUACCCCCAAGGAGCCUGCACCUACCACCCCCAAGAAGCCUGAACCUACUACCCCCAAGAAGCCUGUACCCACCACCCCCAAGGAGCCUGCACCCACCACCCCCAAGGAGCCUGCACCCACCACCCCCAAAGCACCUGAACCUACUACCCCUAAGAAGCCUGAACCCACCACCCCUAAGAAGCCUGAACCCACCAGCCCCAAGGAGCCUGAACCCACCAGCCCCAAGGAGCCUGAACCCACUAGUCCCAAGGAGCCUGAACCCACCAGCCCCAAGGAGCCGGCUCCAACUUCUCCUGAGACACCUGCUCCAACCACCUCAAAGGCCUCUACUCCUCCCACUCCUCCCAAGAAUCCUGCUGCAUCAACUCCUGAGUUUCCUCUAGAACCCACACCAGAGGCUCUGGAAAACAGUCCCAAGGAGCCUGCUGUACCUACAACCAAGGCUCCCAAAGGAACCAAACCUGAAAUGACUACCACAGUGAAGGAUAAGACAACAGAAAAAGCCACGCAGACUACAACGGAAAUUACAACCGCUACAUCUAAGAGUACGACAGUAGAUACAGCAACGCCAAAAGAAGAAAAGGCUACUGAAUCCAAAAAAACUACUACAACUGUGCAGGUAACCACUACCACCACCAAGGAUGCCACGACAUCAUCCAAAGCUACUCCUAAGGAAACAACUCCUGCUUCCAAGGUGACGACGACAACAAAAAAGACAACUACUACAACUGAAGAGUCUAGGAAUACACCCGAAGAAACGACGACGACAUCAGAAGAUACAGCUACUAAUUCUAAAAUAACUCCUGAACUCCCAAAUCCAACUAAAGCACCCCAGACACCCACUUCUACCAAAAAGCCCAACACGACACCUGCGGUGAGAAAACCCAAGCCGACACCGUCUCCCCCGAAGAUGACAACGUCCACUGUGCCUACACCAAACCCCGCCCCUUCGGGGAAAGCCACACCCCCGACCUCCACCAGCUCUCACCAAGCGCCCAACUCAGAAGUGGUUGACGAAAAUCCAUGUGAUGAAGAUGCAAAUGCUGCUGAAGAAGAAAAACCUCCUGUGAGCCUCAGGCCCCAGGUGUUGACUCCUAUCAUCAUUCCAGGCUCUGAUCUCAUAGUGCAAGGACCCGACCAAGCUAUUGGCAUCAACCCCAUGCUCUCAGAUGAGACUAAUUUGUGCAAUGGUAAGCCAGUAGAUGGACUGACGACGCUGGCCAACGGGACGUUAGUUGCAUUUCGAGGUCAUUAUUUCUGGAUGCUAAAUCCAUCCAGGCCACCACCUCCUCCUCGCAGGAUUACUGAAGUUUGGGGCAUCCCCUCCCCCAUUGAUACUGUUUUUACCAGGUGCAACUGUGAAGGCAAAACUUUCUUCUUUAAGGAUUCUCAGUACUGGCGUUUCACCAAUGAUGUACAAGAUCCUGGGUACCCCAAACAGAUUGUAAAAGGAUUUGGAGGGCUAACUGGAAAAAUAGUGGCAGCUCUUUCAAUACCUAAAUAUAAGGACAGACCUGAAGCUGUGUAUUUUUUCAAGAGAGGUGGCAGAGUGCAGGAGUACACUUACAGACAGGAACCCAACAGAAAGUGCGCCGCCAGGGGGCCGGCCAUAAACUACCCCGUGUUUGGAGAAACGACCCAGGUCAGGAGACGUCGCUUCGAGCGGGGCACGGGGCCGCAAGUGCACACCAUCAGGGUUCAGUACACGCCCAUCAGAGUCCAUUACCAAGACAGAGGCUUCCUCCACGAAGAGGCUAAAGUGAGCGCCCUGUGGAGAGGACUUCCCAGUGUGGUCACCUCGGCCGUAGCGCUGCCCAACCUCAGGAAACCCGACGGCUACGAUUACUACGCCUUUUCUAGGGAUCGACACUACAACAUCGACGUGCCCCGGAGGACUGCCCGAGCCGUCACCACCCGCUCUGGGCAGACCUUGUCCAACGUCUGGUACAACUGUCCUCAGGCCGGUGAGCAAGGGAAGAGACAAUGAAAGUGAAGAAGAGUGAUACGUUUUGACAAUGAAAACAAAAAAGGA